AUGGGCUUCAGGAACUUGAUAAUUGGAAUAAUGUUCUUAUCACAGACCACAGCUGGACUUCUAGGAAAUCUCUUUUUCCUUUCCCACUAUCUAGUCGUUUAUUAUCAUGAACAUUCACUGAAGACCACUGAUUUGAUCCUCAAACACUUGAUUAUGGCCAAUACCUUGAUCAUUCUAUAUAAAGGUGUGCCCCACACCAUGACAGCUUUUGGCCUGAAACAGUUCUUCAAUGUUUUGGGAUGUAGAUUUCUUUUCUAUUUUGACAGAGUGGGCAGAAGUAUGUCCAUAGUCUCUACCUGCAUGUUGAGUGUCUUUCAGGCCAUCACUAUCAGCCCCAGAAACUCCUGUUGUAAGGACCUUAAAGUAAAAGCUCCAAAGUCUAUUGGCCUCUUCAUUUCCCUCUGCUGGAUACUAUAUAUGGUAAUAAACUCAAUAUUCCCUAUGUAUAUUUUAUCUACUAAAUUUCACAGCAAAAACAGGACAGAAAAAAGAGAUUUUGAAUAUUGUUCUAGUAAAGGUCGUGAUGCUGUCAUGGACUUGCUGUAUACAGCCCUAUUGGUAUUCCCAGAAGUUUUGCUUUCUGUGCUCAUCAUCUGCUCCAGUGGUUCCAUGGUUGUCAUCCUGUACAAACACAGGCAGCGAGUUCAACAUAUCCGCAGCACGAAUACUUCCUCCAGAGCCUCCCCUGAGUCCAGAGCCACCCAGAGCAUCCUCAUCCUGGUUUCUACAUUUUUGACAUUUUACACCCUCUCCUCUAUAGUACAUGCAUAUGCGGCUGUUCUGAGUAAUCCUUCUCCAUUGCUGUUGAGCAUCAACGGUAUCAUUUAUAUGUGUUUUCCCUCCACCGUACCCUUUACUCUCAUGAGUCAUUACUCCAGCCUGUCCAGGCUCUGCUGUGUCUGGAUAAAAAAGAAAAAAUUCUCUAAUCUUAUCAGAAAUACGUAA